AUGUCACUUAGAUUUCCAUAUUAUAUUGCUUUGACAGGUAAAUUAGGGUAUGGUGCAGCCUAUAGAGAGCCUCUAGAAUCUCCGGCUUGUGAAGUAAUUAGUUCAUUAUUAGUUUUUUCAACAGCUUUAACUAUACAUUUGGUUGCUGCUAUAUCAGUCACUACCUGGUUGAGAGUGGUUAGAGAAGUGAAUAUUGAUUUUGGGAAGUACGAUUAUAAAUUAUGGGUACCAGUAUUUUCAAUAGCUAUCAUUGAUAUGUCACUUUCAGUUCGUGGUACUCCAAAACAGAAAUAUUGGUGUGCACCUGAUGAAAGCAAUGAAAUUUUUUCAACGAUGAUUGUUGUGUCAAUAUUAUCAUUAUUAUCGAUUAUAAUAUUUUGUUAUCUUUAUGUUUUAAUUUUAAUUAAAAAGGCUGAUCAUAACAGUAGUAUUAGUAAUGGUAGCGAAGGUACAACAAUAAGCAAUAGUUUAUUAAAAGAUAAACUUGAAAGAAAGGUUUACAAAAAAGUUAUGACCUAUAUUUUAGUGUUUAUUUUACAAUAUACUUCUGCCUUGAUUAAUAAGAUAGCAAACCUUUUGAAUCAUAAAUAUGAACUUUUAGCUAUAAUUGCUCUAGUAGGGCUAAAUUUAGGCAUAUUUGGCAAUUUCUUUCAAUACAUAAUUAAUGAAGGGUUGUCAUUAAAAAAUUAUUCAAAUAUAAGUCAUGAAUCUAUGUCUUCCCGAGAUGAUGAAAUUGAAUUAAAUGAUAAAAUCAAUAAUGUCUAG